CGAUGAAGUUCUUUGUGCUGUUCGCAAUUCUGCUGGUUGCUCUGGCGGCCGUUCAGGCAGCUCCACAACGCGGCGCCUUCGGCCAUGGCGGUCGUGGAGGCGGUGGUGGUGGUGGCCAAUCAAGCGCCGUUGCCAAUGCUAGUGCUAAUGCUGCUUCCGAGGGCAGUGGAAACGCAUCGGCCAAUGCCAACGCGAGUGCCAAUGCCAAUAGCAGCGGUGGCAAUCAUCAUGGUCGCUUGGCAGGAUAAAUAACACAGCAGCUACACUUGAAACGAACCACGCCCUUUAAAAUAUUGAAUCAAAUAAAUGUAUUAUUCAAACUCA